AUGGCGGACAGUGACGGCUUAGGUGAAGCAGCGAUUGCUGCAGCGUCUCCUUCUGCCCCUGUUCCCGGCUUAAGCCCGCCGCUGGGCUGGAGGGAGCGGCUGCGGGCUGGUCUGGCGGGCACUGGGGCCUCACUGUGGUUCGUGGCGGGGCUGGGGCUGCUUUACGCUCUGAGGGUCCCGCUGAGGCUGUGUGAGAAUUUGGCAGCGGUGACAGUAUUUUUAAAUUCAUUGACACCCAGAUUCUAUGUGGCACUUACAGGGACAUCUUCUCUAAUAUCAGGACUAAUAUUUAUAUUUGAAUGGUGGUACUUUCAUAAGCAUGGCACAUCUUUUAUUGAGCAAGUUUCUGUAAGCCAUUUGCGACCAUUGAUGGGAGGAACAGAAAGCAGCAUUGCAGAGCCAGGUUCUCCUUCCAACAACAGAGAGAGUGAAACCAGCAGGCAGAAUUUGUCAGAAUGUAAAGUAUGGAGAAAUCCUCUAAAUCUUUUCAGAGGAGCAGAAUAUAGAAGAUACACUUGGGUGACUGGUAAAGAGCCACUUACUUACUAUGACAUGAAUUUGUCAGCUCAGGACCAUCAGACCUUUUUCACCUGUGACACAGACUUUUUACGUCCUUCAGAUACAGUUAUGCAGAAGGCAUGGAGAGAAAGGAAUCCUCCAGCUCGAAUCAAAGCAGCCUAUCAAGCUUUAGAAUUAAACAAUGACUGUGCCACUGCAUAUGUUCUACUGGCUGAGGAAGAAGCAACAACUAUUGUAGAUGCUGAAAGGUUAUUUAAACAGGCACUCAAGGCAGGAGAAACAAUUUAUAAGCGGUCACAACAGUGCCAGCACCAAAGUCCUCAGCAUGAAGCUCAACUGAGGAGAGAUACCAAUGUACUGGUGUAUAUUAAAAGAAGACUGGCAAUGUGUGCAAGAAAAUUGGGAAGAAUAAGAGAGGCAGUAAAGAUAAUGAGAGAUUUAAUGAAAGAAUGUCCUCCUCUUACCAUGUUGAACAUCCAUGAAAAUCUCCUAGAAUCACUUUUAGAAUUACAGGCCUAUGCAGAUGUCCAAGCAGUUCUAGCAAAAUAUGAUGAUAUAAGCCUUCCAAAGUCAGCAGCCAUCUGUUAUACAGCAGCACUAUUGAAGACAAGGACUGUUUCAGAUAAAUUCUCUCCAGAAACAGCCUCCAGAAGAGGGUUAAGCACAGCAGAAAUUAAUGCUGUGGAAGCAAUUCAUAGAGCUGUGGAAUUUAAUCCUCAUGUUCCAAAAUAUUUACUAGAGUUGAAAAGUCUCAUUUUACCUCCAGAACACAUUCUGAAACGGGGUGAUAGUGAAGCAAUUGCCUAUGCUUUCUUUCAUCUUCAGCACUGGAAGAGAAUAGAAGGUGCUCUUAAUCUGUUACAGUGCACGUGGGAAGGCACUUUUAGAAUGAUUCCAUAUCCAUUAGAGAAAGGCCAUCUAUUUUAUCCUUAUCCCAGCUGCACAGAGACUGCUGAUAGAGAGCUCUUACCUCCGUUUCAUCAUGUUUCUGUUUACCCAAAGAAGGAGAUUCCUUUUUUCAUCCAUUUCACAGCAGGACUAUGUUCUUCUACAGCAAUAAUAGCUUUUCUUACACACCAGUUUCCUGAAAUCAUGGGUGUUUUUGCUAAAGCUGUAAGUAUGAUCUCAAGGACUUGUGUAGAAUAUUUGUAAAACACACAAGAAACCAUCUCUGAUCUGUUUGUGCUAAACCAGUUGAGCAGUGGAAGAUAUUUGUUAUAAAGUAAAUUACAGGAAUUGAUUUGUAAAGUUGCUGCCAUAAAUAUGUGAAACAUAAGUUUUUGGUGAUUUGAGCUAUAUUUUUGUUGCUUAGAAGUUUUGAAAAUAUAAUGUCAUAAAUUAUAAAGCUGGUCUUUGUAGAUCACUUUUGGUGGUAAACUUAACCCUUGUUACUAGUUAAAGAAUAAUCCAGCCCUUUUAAAUGCAUUUCUUUGGCAUUAAAAAAAAAAUUCCUUGUUUUGUACAAAAGCCUUUUGGUUUUUCCAUUUAAAUGAAAUCAUUAGUUCUAAGGAUUUGCUGAAUGUUAUAUUCAAGAGUGCAGCUAGGCUAGGGAAUAAGUAGGUAAGAUAGGACAGUUGAGACAUUUGUCCUGGGUUCAGAAUGUACCCCUUCACUCAAAAGUCCUCCUUGUUAUUAUAUGUGCAUAUUCUUACUGAUCUUCCCAACCUUGGAUGUAAAACCAUCUAUAGACCUUUAUUUUCAUUUUUACCCUUUAGCUU